AUGGGCUUUUUCAAUUCUCAAGAACUUACCCAAGAUUAGCUAGUUGAAUUCCACAAAUAUAAGCAUCAGUCACCUAAGACUACACUUGAGCAAUUUUAUGUUAAUACACUGCUUGUUCCUUUGGAAAAGGCUUUUCCUAAAAAUUGGUCUGCUAAUGCAAUCACUAUAUUAGGAUAAAUUCCUAUCAUCCUAACAGUAUUCUUAAUUUGGACAGAGAACAAAAAUUUUGGGAGAAUUGACGACAAUUUGUUUUUCUUAGUAGCAGUUUCAAUCUAAUGGUUUUCUCUCUUUGAUGUUAUGGAUGGAAUGCGUGCUAGGAGAACUAAAACAGGCACACCAUUAGGUAGGAUAGUCGACGAAGCUAUGGAUUAGCCAACUUAUGCGUGUGCAGGUCUGGCAAUCGGCUACAUGCUUAGAAAUGAUCAAGUAUUUUACUGUAUAAGCUUCUCCUUGAUAAACCUUCCUUUUUAUACAAUGGAGUUGAAACAUAAGGUAUGUAGUAACCUUCAUAUGAUAAUGGGAGAGAUAGGACCAGUUGAAUUAGAACUAGUUUUCACAAUAUUGUUUGCUUUUGUAGGGUUUUAAGGGUCAGAAAUAUUUGAAGGAACUCUGUGCUCAUUCUUUGGUAUGUAAGACCAGUGUUUCUUGGGAGGACUCUAAUAAAGACAUUUAUACUCUGUCUUGGUAAUCUUUCUAUUGGUUAUUUUCACAUUCGACAAUCUAUAUGAUGCUUUUAAGAAAGAUUUGAAAGAUUCUUUAAAACUUUUAAUUGUUCCAGGCACUAUUUUACUUCAACUAUCAAAUGGUAUUCACAUCUAUGAUCUUGAAGUUGAUGCUAUUAAAUAUGAGUAAAAGACCGUUUGGCCUAAUUCAUAUUGA